AUGGAAAACUGCACUAGCAUCCUGAGAUACUGGGAAGAACUUGAUCCGAACAGGUUCGACCUCAUCGACAGUAAUCCAAUGUUCUACUGCAACGGGCCAAUACUGACGUUCGUCAUUUCUUUUGGCAUUGUUGGCAAUAUCAUUUGCAUUAUAGUAUUCGUGCGAACUAAUCGAUGGCCUAAACUCAAUUGCUACUUGCUUACUCUAGCUGUGUGGGAUAUAAUCCUCAUCACAUCUUCAUUCUUUUUGUAUAAUUUACCAGUGUUGUUGUACGACGAGGUUCUUAAUCACGGAAACCACGUCCUGGCAUACCCCUUUCUGUACAGCGCCAGUAACAUGGCCCAUAGCGCGUCGAUAUGGGCAGUGUUGGCGAUGAGCAUCGAGCGAUACUAUGCGAUCUGUCAUCCGCUGAGGCAUCGCAUACUCAACGAUCGCGUAUGGUACGUGACUGUUGUGCUGGUCAGCGUUCUGGCUAUCAUCCUAGGACUGCCUCGCUAUUUCGAAAUGAGGCUCGGUCAGUGCCGGAAUCAGACAAGCGGCGUUUCGGUGCCAGUGGUGACCAGCAGCAGUCUGCAACUGAAUACUACCUACCGAUUACUCUACAAAAUCAUUGGAGAUAUCGUCUUCUACUCAGUGGGUCCAUUUUUUCUGCUUAUUUUCAUUGCGCUACAAAUAUCGAAGCAUAUGAACAAUUACAAGAUGGUACAGGAAUCUCUUCGGUUGACCCUUGGCCCUCAUCGGAGUCACUACACUGGCGUAUCGGCUCUGCAGAGGAAGAAAAUUCAGAGAAACAUUGAUUUCUUGCUGUUGGCAAUGAUAAUCAAGUUUCUGGCGUGUCACUCGCUACCGACUGUGUUGGAUUUGUACGAAAUCGUUACCCCCGCGGAAGUAUUCGCUUCAAAGACCGUCAGCUAUCUGGUGGACACGUCCAACUUUCUGGUCAUGGUCAACAGCAGCUGCAACGUUCUCAUCUACCUGAGCUGUAGUCCGUCGUUCCGCAGACGCUUCUUUCCCUAUCGUCUGAGGAGAAGGACUGCGCAGAAGUUUCAGUGUUUGCGUUACUGUCUUGUCAAGGUUGGGCAGCAGCCGCGAACCAACGGUGAAACCUAUGAUUCUUUGCACGGUUGA